AUGUUGGUUCUGGUGCUCGGAGAUCUGCACAUUCCACAUCGCUGUAACUCCCUGCCUGCCAGGUUUAAGAAGCUGCUGGUGCCAGGAAAAAUACAGCACAUCUUGUGUACAGGCAACCUGUGCACGAAGGAAUCAUUUGAUUAUCUCAAGACCCUGGCCAGUGAUGUUCAUGUUGUGAGAGGCGACUUUGAUGAGAACAUGAACUACCCAGAGCAGAAAGUGGUGACUGUUGGACAGUUUCGUAUCGGGCUCUGCCAUGGUCAUCAGGUGGUGCCCUGGGGUGAUAUAGAGAGCUUGGCCAUGGUACAGCGCCAGCUGGAUGUGGACAUUCUCAUCUCGGGGCAAACCCACAAGUUCCAGGCUCUUGAACACGAAGGAAAGUUCUUCCUUAAUCCGGGUUCAGCGACAGGAUCAUUUUAUGCUUUAGACAGCAAUGUUAUUCCAUCUUUCGUCAUCCUUGACAUCCAGCAGUCCACAGUUGUGUCGUAUAUCUACAAGCUGAUAGACGAUGAGGUGAAAGUGGAGAGGAUAGAGUAUCGCAAGUCAUAG